GGCUCCGCCUGUUUCGGUCUCGGGGGCUCCGCGAGGGGCCGGGGGCGGCUCGGUAGCUCCGUUCUCCUCCUUUCCUCCUCUCCUCCUUCUCGUCCUCUUCUCCUCCCCUCCUCCCUCCUCCUCCUCGUCCCGGUGCGCCGAGCAGCAGCCAUGGUGAAGGUGUCGUUCAACUCCGCGUUGUCGCAGAAGGAGGCGGCCAAGAAGGAGGAGGAGAACAGCCAGGUGCUGAUCGUGCCGCCCAAGGACCCUGAGGAUGCUGUGCCUGUUGGGCAGAGGAGGGCUUGGUGCUGGUGCAUGUGCUUCGGACUGGCUUUCAUGCUGGCUGGUGUGAUCCUGGGCGGUGCCUAUCUGUACAAAUACUUUGCAUUCCAGCAGGGUGGUGUGUAUUUCUGUGGAAUAAAGUAUAUUGAAGACGGCUUAAAUUUGCCUGAGUCUGGGGCAGAGGCUCAGAGUGCUCGCUAUCACACAAUUGAGCAAAAUGUUCAGAUCCUGGAGGAGGAAGAUGUUGAAUUUAUCAGUGUGCCGGUCCCUGAGUUUGCUGAUAGUGAUCCUGCUGAUAUCGUCCACGACUUCCACCGGAGACUCACUGCCUAUCUCGACCUUAGCCUGGAUAAGUGCUAUGUGAUUCCUCUGAACACUUCAGUUGUUAUGCCACCAAAAAAUUUCCUGGAACUGCUCAUCAACAUCAAGGCUGGAACGUAUUUGCCUCAGUCCUAUUUGAUUCAUGAACAGAUGAUUGUUACUGAUCGCAUUGAAAACGUGGAUCAGCUGGGAUUCUUUAUUUACCGCCUCUGCCGUGGCAAGGAAACCUAUAAACUACAGCGCAAAGAAGCCAUGAAAGGAAUUCAGAAGCGUGAAGCUGUCAAUUGCCGAAAGAUUCGACACUUUGAGAACAGUUUUGCUAUGGAAACGCUCAUCUGUGAACAGUAACGAGGAAUACGACUGUUCCAGGAGACUUAAAAACUACAGUAUGACCCCACCCUUUGUAUUGUGUGCAGUGAUUAUUUUUUAAGAUCUUCUUUUAUGUAAGUAGUAGACAGGGCUUUAUUGCUGAACACCUUCCAUACUUUUCAUCUCAUGACACAUGUAAAAUCAAUAUGUUUUAGUUUUCUCCUUAUUUUCAGGUGUGGUAUUCUUCUUAUAUUUGAAUAGCAAUUGUAUAAAGACUUAGUUGCUAGCGCAUUUCAUGUGAUGAAUACUAGGAAGAAGAGGAAGUCUUUGAAAUAUCCACCGGUUUUUAAUUAAGUACAAUUGAAAAGAAUUAUUAAUGUACAAAUGGACCGCAAGAGCUACUUCUAACUGUAAUAUUACCUGCUAUAUAGUUUGUUACAGCAUAUAGGCAAACCUGUAUUUGACUCUCCCUAACAAAGUGCAAUUUGUUUUGUUUUUAAAAUAUCGUCAUAUUUACCUUUUUAGAUUGAUUUCUGACUUGAUGUUUUAAAAUGGCAAGUGUUUGCUGUAACAAUCUUUUAGAAAAUUAAGGAGUAACUUAUGUUACUAACUUGUAUAUAAUCCAUGUACGUGCAAUGGAAAAUAAAUCUAUAAACCUG